AUGCCUGGAUCGGGAGGCUGUGGCGGUGCAGUUCUGGAUUGCGGGAGACUUCACGGUAACAAAUGGGGGAGAUGGGGCGGUGCAGAGGUCCGACCUUGGGCCCGCCUGGAGUCUAGCGAGAAACUCUGGGCAAAUCAGAUGCCUGGGCGAUCAAUUGCUGGGUCCGCGUCUUGCUCUAGCCCGGUCGCGGAAUUACUCCCUACCCGUCGAAAUUUGUCUGGUCGCCGAAGCUGCGAUAUUGCCCAGCAAGCACAUUGCGAGCUCAGUGUUGGACUCUCUGGAACGACCUCGAGUCCCCGAGCCAUUGAAUACGCCAUGGUCGCCGCCGUACAGUCGCUGAGGCUGUGUGCGCGGGCCUGCAGACAGCCCUCAGCUUCGCGGCGGAUAGCAUCGACGUUCGCGACCCCCAGGCGCACCUUCUCCUCGACGCGGGCAUGGCGCGCAGACGCCCCCAAGAGACCUGAAGGCGAAGCCGCCGAGGGCGCAGCCGCUGUCCCGCAGUCCACAGAGCCCCAGGCCUCUCACCAGUACCGAGGCAGAUCCGACAAGGUCAGCCUGGAGCUUCAGGAGGGAUUGAGCGAGGCAGAGAAGGCGACAUAUCGAGAGCUGCUGGAGUACGCCGAUGCCCACAAUCUCAGCACCCAAAAGCAGCGCAAACCUACCGAGCAGCAGAUGGAGGAGGCAUCAGACAAGAUCGAGGAGCAAUUCUUCGGACCCAAUCUGUCGCCCGAACAGCGCGAGGCCAUGCGGGAGCUCGAUCAAGAGCUCCGGGCCUUCGACGAUCCCAUCUAUCAGGCCAACAGGCAGAUCCGGGUGCACAGGCAGUCGUUCUGGGGUGAAGAAGAGGAGGACCCUGACAUGAUCACCGAGGAUAUCGAUGACGACGAGUUCGGCGAGGACGACAUCAUGAGCAUGGCGCACGGAAAGCUCGAGGAACACCGCGAGUUCAGAGAAUACGCUCGCAUUGCAGCCUGGCAGAUGCCACUGCUCUCAAAACUUGCGCGACCCUUCGAACCCCCUUCCGCCCAGGAGCCUCUGCGCUUCCGAUACACGACGUACAUGGGCGAGAACCACCCGGCACAGAGCAAGGUGGUGGUUGAGUUCUCGCCGCGCGAUCUUGGGCUCAAUGACAAGCAACAGUUGAAGCUCAAGAAGCUGCUCGGCCCUCGGUGGAACCCCGAGACGGAUAUUGCCAAGAUGAGCUGCGAGCAGUUCGACCACCAGGCACAGAACAAGCGCUACCUCGGCGACCUUGUGAACAAGCUGAUCGCUCAAGCCAAGGACCCCAAAGACACGUUCGAGGACAUUCCCUUGGACACACGACACCACCCGAAGCAGAAGAAGGUCAAGUUCCCCGUAGAGUGGCGCUUGACCACGGAGCGCAUGCAGGCGAUUGAGGACACCCGGCAAAAGUCGCUCUUGCUGGAUCAGACCAGGACCGAGGCGGGAUCGCUCGUGGACGGCUCCGAAAUUCUGGACAAGCACUUCAACAAGCCGGAGUUGGUGGAAAUACCCGCUGCCAAUGACCGCAGACUGCCCAACAUCUCCCCGUCGAGGCCAAUCCCGCGACAACGGCGCUUCUAA